AUGGAAGCUGUCAAUCAACAUAGAUUACCUGCUGGACAUAAUGCUUAAGUAGCAGUAAUGAGUUAUUCAUGUUAUGAUAUUGAAGAUGCAUUAAUAAUGAACAAAUCUUCUUUAGAUAGAGGAUUUGGUAGAACUGCAGUCUAUAAAAAAUCAGUUACUGAAUGUGAAAUCAAUUAAAGAAAUAAGGAAAGUAGAUUUAAUGAGAGAAUUGAUGAACCACCAACUAAAACACAUAAUACAAAAAAGAAAUUUAUUAAGAAAUAUCAUGCUCUUGAUAGUGAUGGUAUAACUAAAGUAGGUGCAUAAUUACAUCAUGGAGAUAUAUAUGUUAAUAAAAAGACACCUUAAGUUCCAGAUAAUCCUUAAAUUGAAAAUAUAUAAAUAGCAGAUACUCCAUCUGUAUUUAAAGAAAAGUGGCCAUAUACUGUAGAUAGAGUAUUAAUUAUUAAUAAUACUAAUGAUGGAACUGAAAAAAUAAAAACAGUAAAAACAAUCUUUAGAUAAAUAAGAAGACCUGAAUUUGGUGAUAAAUUUUCAAGUCGUCAUGGUCAAAAAGGUGUUGUUGGUCUUAUUGUUAAUUAAGAAGAUAUGCCAUUUAAUGAAAGAGGAUGGUGUCCUGAUUUAAUUAUGAAUCCUCAUGGUUAUCCAUCUAGAAUGACAAUUGCUAAAUUAAUGGAACUAUUAUGUGGUAAAUUGGGAGCUUUGGAAGGUAAAUUUAAAUAUGGUACUGCUUUUGGAGGAGAGAAUGUAUUAUAGGUAGGAGAAGAAUUAUUAAAAAGAGGAUUUCAUUAUUAAGGAAAAGAUUGUUUAAUAUCUGGAAUUACUGGAGAAUAUAUGGAAUGUUAUGUAUAUUAAGGACCUAUUUUCUAUUAAAGACUUAAGCAUAUGGUUAUUGAUAAAAUUCAUGCUAGAGCUAAAGGACCAAUGGAAAAACUUACUCGUUAACCUGUUGAAGGUAGAGCUAAGGAUGGUGGUUAACGUAUAGGAGAAAUGGAGAGAGAUUGUUUUUUAGCAUAUGGUGCUUCAAAUUUAUUAAUUGAAAGAUUAUUAAUAUCAAGUGAUCCAUUUAAUGUAUAUGUUUGUGAAAUAUGUGGAAUGUUUAAGAGUGAUUCAGUUUGUAGAGGUUGUAAUACAGAUAAAGUAUAUUAAAUUAGAUUGCCAUAUUGUUGUAAAUUAUUAUUUUAAGAACUUUUGGCAAUGAAUAUUAAACCAAAAUUAUAAUUAGUACCUUCUCAUGAGAGAUAAGAGUAUACAAUGAAUUGA